UUUAGGUUAUUUAAAAAUAACCACCCUACAACGUUAUGGGAACGUUAUUUUAUGGUUGCAAAAAAUAAAACCUAAAAAUAACGUUCCCAGAACGUUAUUUUUUGGUUCCCAAAAAAUAACCAAAAUAUAACCAAAAACUAACGUUAGGGGAACGUUCUGUGUUUGCUGGGUAUCCACUCGCCAUAUCCGUGUACUUCAUAAUUUAGAUCCGUUUGGAACUCCAUACUCGAACACACCUAAUGUCUCGAACACACCUAACGUGUUGAAAUUGUUUAAAUAAGCGCGUGGCCGAUGACGGUGCGCGCAUCCGUAUUCCGUAGCACUGUCAGCACGUCUAUAUACACAAUAAACCUGCACUGAAACAUGACUGAUCAAAACAAAAUCCACUGCAGGCUCAAAGUGUGGCUUAUCAUUUUGUCCAUUGGAUUAAUUAUAUAUUUUGCACGUCAGUAUUAUUUUGAUUGUCAUGAAGGAUCAACGAAGGCCAACAUUUUUACAACAGUAAAAAAGAAGCCUCUGGAAAAUGACACAAUCCUACUGAUAUGGCUGUGGCCAUUUGGAAGAAAGUUUGACUUGAAUUCCUGCAGUGCCAAAUUUAACAUAGACGGCUGUCAUUUAACUGACGACAAAGAACUCUACAGCAAGGCCCAUGGAGUGCUAAUAAAUCACAGAGACAUUAAGAGCGACCUGUCAAAUUUACCCCCAGAACCAAGGCCCUUCUUUCAGAAAUGGAUAUGGAUGCACUUUGAGUCCCCACUAAACACAAGGAGACUUAAUGGUUUGAACAACCUGUUUAAUGUGACGCUAAAUUACCGGCGAGAUGCUGAUAUUGCCAUUCGUGAGCAAAUGAUGCUUAAAACCGAAGAUAAAGAGGAUAAGAUAUUCCCUGGAGUUCUGGAGAAAAAGGACAAGUUAGUUUGUUGGAUCGUGAGCAAUUGGAAUGAUGCAUUUAAACGGGUAAAAUACUAUAAUGAACUGAAAAAACACAUUAACAUUCAUGCGGUUGGGCGGCAUUUUGGAAAAUCUGUAAGUUAUGAAGAAUACAAAGAACUAUUGACAAGUUGUAAGUUUUAUUUAUCAUUUGAGAACACAGACAUGCAUUAUGACUAUAUGACAGAAAAGCUGUUCAAUCCACUUAAUCUGGGAUCAGUCCCAGUGGCUCUUGGCCCUCCAAGAUACAUAUAUGAAAGAUUUGUGCCGAAAGAUGCUUUUAUCCACGUGGAUGAUUUCUCCAGCCCUCAAGAACUGGCUAAAUAUCUGCUGACACUGGACAAGAAUGUUGAAGAGUACAAAAAGUAUUUUAAUUGGAGAAAAAACUUUGAAGUGAAACUUGUCGAUUAUCCAGGACAACAUGCGUGCCGUGCCUGUCAGUACAUACGUAUGAAGAAGGACUAUCAAGUUUUUGUAAAUCUCAACAACUGGUAUUGGGAUCCCAUAAACAUGGACAACUAAAUGCCUUUGCUAACACUGGUAAUAAAAAUUGACCCUUUGACAGAUUCUUUAGAGGUUUAUAUUUUUAAUAUUGAAAGGGAUUUAAAGUCUUUAUUUAUGAUGCACUAAAACCAAUCACUGGUGAAUUUUGUAAUGGAAAAUGACGAUAUAUCUCAGCAGUCAGUGUCUUUCAACCACCAAUUUUUUUAUCCUUCCCAAUCGUCUGUCAUGUUGUUUUUGUUAGUCCGUUAUUACACUAUGCGAAGUGAUAUGGAACGGUAAUGCGGUCAAGAGAGCUGCCCGGAACUACAUUCGCCAUGCGUUUCCCAGAAAAUAAUUGCACACCUCAGAACGUUUAUAACGGCAAGCGUGAGAGACAUUCGGGCCAGUAAAAAGUAUUGUCACUUGCCCGAUCAGGCCAGUGCUUCACCUUCAGUCACUAAAAUAUAUUUUCAUCAAUAAUAUACAUAUUAUUUAACAUUUUGGAAGCAGACAGUUACUU